UUACUAGUUGAUUUACUGCAUACAAUAACAUAACCUCAAAUAUAAAAAAUGUCAGCUAUAAUAUUAGGAGGUGGUUUAUCAGGCCUUUCUGCCGCAUAUUAUUUACUUCGAAAAAGUCCAAAAUAUCAAAUCGCAUUAUUAGAAGCUUCAAAUCGUUUAGGAGGAUGGAUAAAGUCAAAUUCUGUGGAUAAUAAUAUAAUUUUUGAAGAAGGACCAAGAACAAUAAGACCGCACGGACCAGCUGCUUCGAACACGUUGUCGUUAAUUGAGGAUAUUGGUUUGAUAAAAGACGUUAUUCCAAUUUAUUCAAACCACCCAGCAGCAAAAAAUCGUAUGAUAUAUGUUAAUAAACAACUACAUUUUCUUCCAUCUUCUAUAGGAGGUUUAUUCAAAACUUUGCCACCUUUUAGUAAACCUUUGGUGAGUUUUUUACUACAAGACAUGUUUGCUGUUAAAAAAGACGUCAAGGAUGAUUCUAUUUAUGAAUUUACUAAGAGAAGAUUUGGAGAAGAGAUGGCAGAUAAUUUAAUAAGUGCUAUGAUAUGUGGUAUUUGUGCUGGGAACUCGAGGGAAAUAAGUGUUAAUUUUUUAAUGAAAACUUUAUUUGAAUACGAACAACGAUACGGAAAUAUCUAUAAAGGAUUAUUAAUGAAUGCAUUUAAAAGAAAAAAUGGAAAUGUUUUAAAAGGAUUGGCUCUAAAAGCAAAAAAAGAACGAUGGAAUUUUUAUUCUUUCAAAAAUGGACUAGAGAGUCUUACUAAAGCCCUUGAUUGUUCUAUAAAAAAUGAUGUUAGUAUUGAAUUGAAUAGUAAAUGUAAUAAAUUAGAAAUAUCUAGAGAUGGGGUUGUUGUAGAGCUGGAAAGUGGUAAAUCACUAACGGCUCCUAAAGUAAUUAGUACAAUUUCUUCUGAAAGUUUAGGAAAAUUAUUAGAAUCACAACAUCCUGAGUUAGCAAUGUUUUUAAAUCGAAUUAAAAGUGUAACAGUGGCAGUAGUGAAUGUGUAUUAUAACAAACCAUUAUUAAAACAUGAAGGUUUCGGGUUUCUUGUACCACCGAAAGAAAAAUUACCAAUAUUGGGUGUUACUUAUGACAGCAGUUGUUUUCCAAAAGGUGACAAUACAGUGCUUACAGUUAUGAUGGGUGGAGCGUGGUUUGAACAACUUUUUGGUAAACAUCCUGAUAAGGAACGUAUAUUUAAAAUUGCAUUGGAACAAUUAAAAUUAAUAUUAGGUAUAAAUGAAACACCGGUUCAAUUUAAAGUGAGCAUUUUAGAGAAUUGCAUUCCGCAAUAUAGAGUAGGACAUAACGAAAAUUUGGGUUAUAUUAAUAAAUACAUAGAUGAUAAAAAAUUGCCUCUAUCAUUAUGCGGGUCCUCUUACUAUGGUGUUGGAGUCAAUGAUGUUAUAUUAUCGGCAAAAAAUGCUGUAGAAAAAUUGUUUUAGUAAUAUUUCAAUGCAAUUAGACUGUGAUACUUUAUGUAAAGUUUGGGGAUUAUUUUUGAAUCAUCUCCAGUUUAAUUAUGUUUUAACAUUAAUUUUUAAGAAUUAAAAAAUUGUUAACACAUUUUCAUGUUCUUUCACCUGAUAGUCCUAGAUGUUUCGUUACAAGUUGUGAUUGAUAUGUAAAAUUUUGUCUUCCUCAAGGAUAAAAAUGAUUCUAAUAGAUAGUUAAUUUACCUGCUUUAUAUUUAAAUAAUUUAUCACAAUUUUAUAAGUUUUAGAUAAUAAUAAUUCAAUUUUUAUAAUUGUUUUCAAUUGAAUUUGAAUUAAACUAUUUUCUAUAUACAA